AUGCUGCCGGAGCUUGAAGUCUUUGAAUCGCCACUGGGAGCGACGCUUGGCAUCCGGACUGCGCGGACUGCUUCGCCCGGUGAGUUGCUGGGCUUCUAUCCAGGCACCAUCUUCGAGGCAACCGAGCCGCAGCUUCCGAAAAGCGACAAGCUUUUUGCAAAUGAGUACAACGGAGUGUAUUUGGAUGGCCAGGGCUGGUUACCCUUGCAUUGGCGCAAGCAUGCCCUUCUACGAGAUCGGAAAUGCCUGCUCUUUGGGCGCGGCUGCUCCCUCACAUCUUCAUGCGUCAAGGAUGGUGAUGACUACACGCUGACGCCAAUGCCAGGGUCUGCAUACGACAUGGCUUCUCCGGCCUCCCCUUGGCGCCACUGCCGAACUGAGGACCAUCGUUCACGGUGCUUUACGGUAGCUUUGGAUGGUGCCAAGCUUGAUCUGCUCUGCGAAUCUGCGAAGCGUUUUGCUCGAGCCGAGUGGCCAGCUGAAAAGCUGGAAUACACAGACUCUGUGGACUCGUGGAAUGUUCGCGCAAGCCCAGAGCUCGAUGCCUACGUGCUCUGUGUGCUGCAGGCAGGACAGCCCUUCAGUGUUCUCAGCCAGCAAGACGACUGGCUCCAGAUACGUACAGAGAACGGUGUCAAGGGCUGGAGCUACAAGAAGUUCAAGGACCGCCAGGUUUUGGUCCCUGUUGGCCAUGUUGCUCAAAUCCAAACGCAGCCAGAUGUCAGCAGCAAAACCUCGGGCGACCUCGCGGAGCUGAUGUCCGAACUUGGUGAACGACGACGUUCCCUUUCUGAGGCUCCACCAGACGACCUUGUCCGCGCAGCCCACGGUGUUCAGCAGACCAUGGCCAAGCUGGAGCUCUACGGCAUUGAGCAGGAAUGGUGGAAUGCUGUGAACUUGGUGAUUGCUGGUAAUGCUAUGCAGCAGCAUGGCACCUUUCCGGCUGACUUGUCUGUGGAGCUGUGUCGAAGCUCCUCGUACAAGCACUCUGAUUUUCAGAACCCACAGAAGGAUAGCUGCUGGCUAUCGACUUUCUUCCAAAGCUUAUGGCAUUCCCGCGUCUUUCAUGCUUUGUUCGACAGCUUGGUGCGUCCUCUGCCAGCGCAGGGUGCAGGAUCUGUGUCGGAUGCCCUCCGCGAAACUUGGGAACUGUACGAGCACCGGGCAGCAAGUGGUCGACCUGUGCCAAUCCAAUUCCUUGUGGACGCAUGGGGAAGUGGCUACGGGGAUUGUGCAGAGGCUUUCGCAAAGCUGCAAGAGGAUCCCUGCCUGAAGCCGCUGGCGGAGCUGAUCGCAUCGGUGCCCGUGCACUUCACUGGGGCAACGCUCACAGCUGAUGAUCUAUUCAAAGAAGUACAACAGAUGGGUGUCCGGGAUGCACCUUUGCUUGCUCUGGACCUGGUGUUGCCCUCAAUGUCCAGCGGCUCCAUCCUGAGCUUGGUCUUAGCCAUACUGCCACGCCACUCACGCGGCAAAGAACGCGAAGAGCGCUUGGCAGACCUCGGAGACAGCCACAGCUUGGUUGCUAUGAUUUGCUACAUUGAAGCCUUUGCCCAUUAUGUUGUCUUCUGCCGGCGUCAGUCAGAUGACAACUGCUGGCUCUUUUUCAAUGACCUGCCAGGCGUUGCUCGCGGUGUUCACAAAGAGUUUUAUGGAUGGGCGGCUAUUGCACAUGAAUGCGCGCGCUUCGAGCUGAGACCAAAGGUGCUCUUAUACGAUAGCGCAAAAAAGGCGCAGGAGGCUAUGAAUUCAGUAAGCCCGAUGCUACGAGCUUCCAUCCAGGCUGCCUCAGCAGCCAAACAAAAGACGUCGCGUGGCCUUUGGAGUCUUGGAGUGUGUGUCCUUAUGGUCAUCAUAGCCCUGCUUCUGCAGCAGCUUCAAGAGAUCCGUGCAAUCCUGCAAGUGAGUCCGCGAUGA